AAGUGUUAAUACAGUAACAUGUAGUUGUCAUUUAACCUCGUACGUUUAUGCUUUAUUUGUAUUUUGUAUAGUUUUAACCAAGAAUUGUGUUUCGCGACGAAUCCAGUUUUAUAACAACAGCUAUCGCAAUACAUCAACAUAUUCUUUGUGGUCUAUGAGUAGUCAUGCGAACAUUUCGUUAAUGUGUUAGUUUAUAGUUAAAACCACUAUUGUUCGACGUUUGAUAUUUGAAUUUUUUUUUGUUUUGUAACAUACGUCUUUGCCCUAACGUCACAUCUGAACUAUAAUUUCAAUAAAUAUAUUAUAUGGGUCGUAUUUGUAUAUUGUGGACAUGUGUCGAGUUCGCGAAGGCUAUCAAAAUCAAAACAUACCUUUUUUUGGUAGUUAUGUGCUUAGUAGAGUCAGGAAAAAUACCUCAUUUACAAAGCAUUGGUUUUUAUUGUGGUGAUCCAAAAAUCAAUUUUGCGUACAAGGGAGAUACUGUGAAACCACAUGUUCUAAUAUUAGUAACACUUGUUAUUCCCUUUAUAGUGACAACUUCUGCAGAAUUUUUAGAAAAAGAAAAAAAUAAGUUUGAUUCGGGCCAUUACGAAUGGCUUAAGGAAUCUUUACGAUGGUAUCGCCAAUAUAUUUUAGGUCUUAUAUUCGUAUUUUUUAUUACUGAUGUCGGAAAAAUUUUGAUUGGUGAACCUAGGCCUCAUUUUUUGGACACGUGUAACCCCAUAGAAGCUGUUAACUGUACUAAAAACAGUUAUAUGUAUCAAUAUCACUGUAACAAUGAAAAAAUAAGUGAAUACAUUUUACAAGAUGCUAGCAAAUCUUUCCCAUCGGGCCAUGCUUCGAUAUCUGUUUAUGGAUCAAUAUCCUUAGCGUGGUAUUUGCAAAAUAAAUGUAAGAUUGGUUCAUUACUGUUGGUACCAGUACUGCAAUCCAUAUGCAUACUUUGGGCUAUUUUUUGUUCACUUACACGCAUUUCAGAUCACAGGCAUCAUUGGUGGGAUGUUCUUGCAGGUUCAAUUAUAGGGAUUUCAAUCACCAUGUAUAUAAAUGGUUUAUUUAAUAGACGAAGAAAUAAAGUUAAAUCUACUACAGAAACGUGGUCUAACGAAACAGCGGACAACGGUUACCUAACAGGAAGACUUAUUAAUGUGGUAACUGAAGACAAAAAUCAAUCACCUAAUUUAUAGUUGUUCGAUUAACUUAUUUCAAUAUUAUACUUAAUAUUGAUAAUAAAAUCUUUACUCAACGCAAUAACAAUCGACAAGUAAAAAAAAUCUUGUGAAUGCCUCCUAUGCAUUUAAUGUAUCUAUUUAUUAAGUUAGUAAAUUUGUAUUAUUGUGUAUUUAAC